AGGAAGUGAUGGCCGAGGGAUCUAGAAGAGAGAAAUUUUGUGAUGUUUGUGGCAAACCGGAGAACCGUUCGCAUCCAAUGAUAUGCACGAAUCGGUUCUGGGGGUCCACUUAUUGUCAGGAACAUAAGCAUGAUAAUACUGCAAGUUGCUGCAGCUGCCAGAGAUUUCAGGGAAGACGUGUAAAAUAUGUAGACGUGGGUGAUGGUCGAAAGCUUUGCCCCGAUUGUCUUUCUGCCUCAAUCAUGGAUACCCGGAAAUGUGAACCCCUUGCUCGCGGAAUGUAUGAAUUCUUCAAUAACACCUUGAAUCUUAAGUUUGAAACAUACGUACCUGUUUUGCUGGUUGACAAAGAGGAACUCCUUCGAUGUGUACUUCAUGGGCGGCGGCCGCAACCAAAUCGAAGGCAUGGAUUGGGGACUAUCGCUGCAGUUCCACAAAAUAUAACGACGGUUGUAAAAUGCGCACAGAGAGGGGACGAAAUAGAAGUUGUUAAGGAGGUUGUGCACGUGACGGGUCGCAAAGUGACAGCGAUUGUGAUUAUUUAUGGUUUGCCAAUGGUUACGACGGGAGUAAUUAUGGCGCAUGAGAUGAUGCAUGCUUGGAUAAGGCAACAAGGUUGGUUUGUUCGUUUGGAGAGAAAGGUGGAAGAAGGAAUGUGCCAGCUAAUAUCUCGGAUGUGGUUAGAGGGAUUUGCUUCGGAUGAUCAAUUUACCAAGUCUUUGAGAGAAAUGUCCAUUUUCUAUAUAGAGAAUGAUGGUCAUGGUAAGGAGAUCUAUGGUGAUGGGUUCAGAGAGGCUAAACAAGCAGUGGACAAAUAUGGCCUCAAAACUACAUUGAAACACAUUGCCAAGACUGGAAGCUUUAAUCCACCUCCUGCUCGGGUGCCUGCAGGAUGCUUUUGCUUCCAGGCUUAGUCAUAGCAUAUUUUGUGUUCUUUCAUUCAACUCUUUGGUUUGGUGGGUGAUUGUCUUGCUUCUCGAUGUACUCUUUAUCGAGUUAAUCGUAUUUUCUAUUGCCGAUAAAAAAAAAAGAAAGAAAGACUAGAAGUUUUCCCCAGUAAUCUUGUUAAGUUCUUUUGGAUUAUUCAGGAUCAAUUAUGUUUUCAUAGUU